AUGAACAGAAGGGGUAGAGGAGUGAGGGAACCUGCAGAUGUAACUUACCCUGAACUUUCAGAGUAUGUACAGCAUCUGAAGAUCGCGAAUCCAGGUACAUUAGCAGAGAUAGAGACGUACAAUGACGAAUCAGGUUUGGUGCGUUUUAAGUAUCUGUUUCUGUGUUUUGGAGCUAGUAGAUUGGGCUUAGGUUGUGUUAGAAAGUGCUAUGUGUUGGCUGGGGCUCGUUUGGGAGGAAUGUAUAAAGGUAGUAUGUUAACUCUAGCCGGACAAGAUGCUAACUUGCAAACAUAUCCAAUAGCUUUCGCUAUUGUGGACGGGCAAAAUGAGGGAGCUUGGAAUUGGUUUAUGGUGCAAGUUAAGAGUAUACUUGAAGACUCGCCGAAUAUGUGUUUUAUCAUGGAUCUUAGUCGUGCAAUUAUGAAAGCGAAAUGGAGUACAUUCCCAUUAGCGGCGGAUGUUUUUUGCGAGCAAAUGGUGGAGAAUGAUGUGAAAAGAAGAUUCAAAGAUAGGUAUCUGACGGGUUUGGUUGAAAAGGCAGCGUAUGCGUAUCGCAAAGUAGCAUACGCAAAUGGGCUGUUAGAAAUAAAGGAUAGAAACAUAGAGUGUUGGAAUUUCCUGGAAAGGCUUGGGAAAGAGAAGUGGUGUCGAGCGAAUUUUUCUGAUGAUCGGUACAACCUCAGGACAACACAGAUGGAUAAUGUCCCCCAUGUGUGA